ACUUUACGACAGUCCCACUCGGUGAACGGCAAGCCGUGUUCUGAUGCAACGCGGAGUUGUUUACUAUUCUUGCUUACAAGCAUGAUCAAUGCGCAUCUGUAAAGUUCUUUUCACUAUUGAAUACAGACGAAUAACAGAUACGGAAGAAUGGGGAAGCCAAAGAAAAAGAGUGACCUCAGUCGAGCCGAACUGAUGAUGAUGACCAUCGCCGAUGUCAUCAAACAGUUGGUUGAAGCACACGAAGAGGGAAAAGACAUCAACCUUAACAAAUUAAAAACAAAGACCUCUGCGAAAUACGGCCUGGAGGCUCAACCCCGUUUGGUGGAUAUCAUAGCUGCUGUUCCUCCACAACAUCGCCGUGCUCUGGUACCCAAACUAAAGGCCAAACCGAUCCGCACAGCAAGUGGGAUUGCAGUUGUUGCUGUGAUGUGCAAACCACAUCGUUGUCCGCACAUCAGCUUCACCGGCAACAUUUGUGUGUACUGCCCUGGUGGGCCGGACUCAGACUUUGAAUACUCCACACAAUCUUACACUGGUUAUGAGCCCACCUCAAUGAGAGCCAUUCGAGCACGAUAUGAUCCCUACCUUCAGACCAGGCAUCGUGUGGAGCAGCUAAAGCAACUGGGGCACACUGUGGAUAAAGUGGAAUUCAUUGUGAUGGGUGGAACAUUUAUGGCUCUGCCUGAAGAGUACAGAGAUUACUUCAUCAGGAAUCUUCACGACGCUUUGUCUGGACACACCUCGAACAAUGUGGCCGAGGCUGUAAGGUACUCUGAGCGCAGUAACACCAAGUGUGUAGGAAUCACGAUCGAGACGCGCCCCGACUACUGCCUGAAACGACACCUGAGCGACAUGUUGGGCUACGGCUGCACAAGACUGGAGAUCGGUGUCCAGAGUGUGUAUGAAGAUGUGGCCAGGGAUACGAACAGGGGCCACACAGUUCGAGCUGUAUGUGAGUCUUUCCACCUGGCAAAAGACGCCGGCUUCAAAGUUGUGGCCCACAUGAUGCCGGACCUGCCCAAUGUCGGCAUAGAGAGAGAUGUGGAGCAGUUCAUUGAGUUUUUUGAGAAUCCAGCAUUCAGGCCCGAUGGAUUAAAGCUAUACCCGACUUUGGUUAUUCGGGGUACGGGCCUAUAUGAGCUGUGGAAGACGGGCCGCUAUAAGAGCUACACACCCAGCACCCUGGUGGACCUGGUGGCCCGAAUCCUUGCACUGGUGCCGCCCUGGACACGGGUUUAUCGCGUGCAGAGGGACAUCCCAAUGCCAUUGGUGAGCUCCGGAGUGGAGCACGGAAACCUACGGGAGUUGGCCUUAGCCAGGAUGAAGGAUAUGGGCACUGAGUGUCGAGAUGUUAGAACCAGAGAAGUGGGAAUUCAGGAGAUCCACCACAAAGUUCGACCCUACCAGGUGGAGCUAGUGCGAAGGGACUACGUAGCCAACGGUAGCUGGGAGACCUUCCUCUCCUAUGAGGAUCCCGAGCAGGACAUUCUGAUUGGACUGCUGCGUCUACGCCGCUGCUCCCCGCAGUCGUUCCGGGCGGAACUGAAAGGGGGCGUGUCCAUCGUCCGCGAACUGCACGUGUACGGUAGCGUGGUUCCGGUCAGUAGCCGAGACCCCAGCAAAUUCCAACAUCAGGGAUUCGGGAUGAUGUUGAUGGAAGAAGCGGAGAGAAUUGCCACGUAUGAACAUGGCUCCAAUAAAAUGGCGGUCAUUUCAGGUGUAGGAACGAGAAACUACUACAGGAAAUUGGGCUAUGAAUUAGAAGGCCCAUAUAUGGUGAAGCUUCUACAUGAACUAUAAAUGAACUGAAACCGGACUUUUUCAUCAUAAUUAUGGACACACAGAAUUUAAUUUUAAUUCAUUUUUAUCACGUUUGAGUCAUUUUUAAUGAAUUUAAAUGUAAUUUUUUUUUUUAAAUUACGUUGUGUAAUUGACACGAUUCCAUAUCGGAUAUCUACCGACUAUAUUUCAGAAAUUUAAGAAAAGGUUUCCAAACAGAUUUGAAUGGCUUCAUCUACCCAAUUAUGUGUCAGUGACUCAGUCAAUAAUACGGACACGUAAUUAGAAUAUUCUUCAUUUGGCCAGGAUGAGCAGCCAGGUUAAACUGCAAAUGGACGAGAUCCCCAUUAUGAGCCAAGUGGUUAUUAAUUUUAGACGGGAACAAUAUCCUGACCUGCUAACUGUUGUGUAAUUACACCAUUUUGAUUUAUAUGCCACUAUUUAAGCUACAUAAAUUAGUUUCCGUCAUUCCUUUAAUCCAACUUCAUGGGGUGUCUAUGAAUGCUUUUCAUAGAAGUUAAUGGAACCCUUCUUUUUUUUCAAAGAAUAAAGUGCGUCAAUAUCAUAACACCAUG